CUGGAUAUUAAAGUACAGGAUUGAUUUUCAUGUACAAAAUAUUACCAAUGAUCUAUAAUUAUAAUAGUUUGUAUUUUAGGAUUGUACGUAGACACUCAUAUAUUUAAUUAUAGGUUACACAGUGGUAAAUAAAUUUGCUAUAUGUUCUAUAUAAAAUUAACAAUCUUCUGAGAGCUAUUAACACAUAACCAGGGAUUACUAGCCGCAUGUUCUUAAAUGACCUAUAAAUCACACAAAAACACCCCGCUAAGUAGGGGUCACGUAUCUUCUAAGAGAUUUUUUUGUCUGACAGGUCAACACUAUGGAAUACCUUCCAAACUGACAGCUAAAAUAAGGGGUUGAACCCAUAUGUAAGAAGCUUUGUUUACAUUUCUAAAAAUGCAAAAACAAUCUCCCUGAAAAUGCUACCAAAAUAUCAAGUAGAGGUCCUCAAUGAAAUAAAAAGCAGUAACUGGCAUAAAACAUGGUUAAAAAAGAUUUUUUUCUUUCGCCAUUGUCCGAUUCGCCUGAUACCUAUUUAGUACUAUUGUACCUUAUAAUACUGGGUUGAUGCUUACUUUUGUAGUUAUUAUAUACAGAUACCUUGUCGAGCUACAUCCAAAAAAAAACAACAACAUGUGGCUGCAAGUUUAUUUGUAGUUAAAAAUGGUAACUAAAACUUGCAAACAACUUGCAGUAAAAAAAACAUUUACGUAGUAAUUUAUAAACAACGGUCAAGUAUUUAACAAUAUCUUAAACACGGAAGUUAUAAUUCAUUCAACACUGUAUACGGAAAUGUAUAAUAAUAUGCUGGAUAUCUUAUGUAUUAUCCUAUCUUUGGUGAUACAGCUGUCAGUGUUUUGCUCAGCACAGCAGCUUGUGGUAACCGCUGGGGACAAUGUUACCAUUCCAUGUACAUCUACAGUGUCGUAUCCUGUAUGGGUCGGUCCAGAAAUGCACAAUGGUUUCGUGAUGCAGUACAACAAUCCUGGGCACAAAAACUUUGCCAAUCCCAACCUUCCUGUACAGAAAAAAGCGCGACUAGAGUGGGGCAGUGAUGACAAAAGCCUUGUUAUAAAGAAUGUAACGGUGACCGAUGAAGGGUUGUAUCAGUGUUCCGAUAAGAUAAACCUUUCUGUUAGAGAUACGUCAUUGCCACCACGUACACCAAUCAUUUCAAACACCGAAGUUUCGACAGGCAAUAGUUUGAUAAUCAGAGCUACCGAGUCUCAAGUUAUAAAUCUUAUUUGUGUGUCAAGUGGCGGUUAUCCGGAACCACUGGUGGAAUGGUACAGGGGAAACAUCGGAACAAAACCACUAACUUCUACUUCUACAGUCACUGCUGGAACCCGUUCCUUCAAUGUUAGUGAGAAGUACACGUUUACACCACAGAGACAAGAUGAUGGUACCAGAUAUAUCUGUCAAACUUCUUUCAAGACGGAACUAAAGCGUAUAAUAUUAUCUGAUGUAAACGCCGAGCUUGUACUUAAUUUGAAACCGAACUUGCCUAUAGCUUGGCAAACAUCAGCUGUAUCAGCGGGUAACAUUGCCGUGGUCAAAUGUAGUACAAAUGGAAGUAGGCCUGCUGCAAAUAUGUCUUGGUCUUACCAGGGAGAAAUACCCGCUGGUGAAGUAACAGCAACUCUUGAUGCUACAUCAAAGACAUAUGCAGUCGUCUCCUUAUUCAAAAGACGUGUCACAGCCGAGGAUAAUGGACAGACUGUUCAGUGUAUAGUUACUCAUAUAUCAUUGGUCAAACCACCACAGUUAACUGCGUCAGUAGUUCUGAAUGUUCAUUAUCCGCCAGUUGUCACGGUAACAGCAACGAAUACCACAGUCGAAGCAAAGCAUGCUGUGUUAAUAUGUAAUGCUACAGGGUCACCAAAUACAGACUAUAAAUAUGGUAAAUGGGUGCACACGUGGCCAGGAAUAAAUACGGUUUUAUCAGAGAAACCCGGUAGUGAGAGGCUAGUGUUGACAAAUUUGACAUACGAACAUUCCGGUGUGUACACGUGUUCUGCAAGCAAUGGAAUCAAAGUGUUUGGAACUACCAAAGAAUUUAUAGAGGGGUCUGUUCAACUUUUGGUUAAAUCAUUUCCUGUCAUCACAAAUCCGACAGUCAACUCUGUAAAUGCAUCUGCAGCAGUAAAUGGAACAGCCAGAGUAACGGUUGACUACUUCUCCAACGUGGACGAGUCUGAUGUAAAAUGCUUCAAAGUUCUAAAUGACAAAAGGCAGGAUGAAAACAUUUGUAAUUUUGUUCAGGAAAAAGUGAUUGUGCAUUUGCCAGUUCUUGGGCAUAUCAUCAAAACUGAUGGAAUACGAGCAACCAUUUCAUUAGGGAUAAACUCGAAGAAUGACUUUGGUUUUUAUGACGUAGUUUUCUCUAACGAGAUAGGCUCUGCAUCACUAAGGUUACAGAUUUUACCGAUUGAACCUCCAGCUGUGCCAUAUGAUUUGGAGACUGAACACAUUCAAAGUACAUCUGUUCGCAUUUCAUGGAAGCAAAGGUUUGAUAGUGAGUUUCCGCAGACUUUUGUGAUCCAGAUGAGUGCAGAUAACAUUAUUUGGUUUAAUGCGACCACGGUGUAUGUUGAUACUGGGGAACAUGAGGGGAAAUUCAGUACAGGACUAGAAAAUCUUCAAGAGUCGACAAUAUAUUUUAUACGAAUGUAUGCUUAUAACGAAGGAGGGAAGAGUAGUUUUAGCAAAAGCUUUAACUUUACAACACUCACUAAAGAUAAAGACACAACUGCAAGCACAGACGACAAUUCUACGCUAAUAGUUGGAGUAGUUUUAGGAUUGGUCAUAGUCGCUUUAGCAUUAUAUGCUGCUUAUGUUACAAUCUUACUGAAAAGGAAAAGUAAAGAAACAGAAGGCACAUUGAAAGGGACAGAUAUCUCUGAGCAGUCGGACGCUAAAAUGUACGUAAAUAUUGGUUUGCUGACAGAAGACAGAGGCAGCCAAAGUUCAAAGACACAAUCAGACGGAAAUAAAACAAUGGCUGACAGUAAAGAGUUUGAGAAUCAAUACACCGAUCUAGAUAACCAAUUAAGAGAUAUAGGAUCGGCUUAUGAUGCAAUAUCGUCCAUAUAGCACUGUUAAACAAUUUGUCAUUACAAUGUAUAUGCAGCAAACUGCAUAUGUAUUGUGAUAAAAAGUAUGUUGUCGGCCCGCUUAGUUCAAGAGAGAGAAGAUCUACGGAUCACUGGGUUGUGAGUUCGAUCCCCGGGCGAGACGUUCGUUUUCCGUGAUAAUUUAUAAAACAUUGUGUACCAAAUUCUCCAGCCUCCCCCUCCAUUCAUACGGAGAAGCUGAGAACUAGUUAGUAGCGGUACAUAAUCCAGGAACACUGAUUAGAUUAAAUGCCCACCGUUACAUAACUGAAAUACUUUUGCGCAAUUUCUAUCUAAACCGAAAAACAACAGCAAAAACAAUGUUUGUUAUGAUAGCACGUGUAGAAUAAGUUCAGAAUUGACAUUUCAUAUAAACAUAUAUUGUCAUUUAUUUUAUUUGCUUUUUUUGUAUGUAUUACUCUG